CGUGCGGCCCCGCCCCCGCCGCGCCUGGCCGAGGCGAGCGGAGCCGCGGGCGCUGCGGGCGGACAAGAUGGCGGCGCCGGGCGAGUACUUCAGCGUGGGCAGCCAGGUGUCCUGCCGCACCUGCCAGGAGCAGCGCCUCCAGGGCGAGGUCGUCGCCUUCGACUACCCCAGCAAGAUGCUGGCGCUCAAAUGCCCCUCUUCCAGUGGCAAGCCCAACCACGCAGACAUCCUGCUCGUAAACUUACAGUACGUGUCAGAAGUGGAAAUAAUCAAUGACCGCACGGAAACGCCUCCCCCUUUAGCCUCCCUCAACGUCAGCAAGCUUGCCAACAAAGCACGGACGGAGAAGGAGGAGAAGAUGAGCCAGGCGUAUGCAAUUAGUGCUGGUGUCUCUCUGGAGGGGCAGCAGCUCUUCCAGACCAUCCAUAAGACCAUUAAAGACUGUAAAUGGCAGGAGAAGAACAUAGUUGUGAUGGAAGAAGUCGUCAUUGCCCCUCCCUACCAGGUGGAAAACUGCAAAGGCAAAGAGGGGAGCGCCCUGAGCCACGUACGCAAAAUAGUGGAGAAACAUUUCCGGGACGUGGAAAGCCAGAAGGUCCUGCAGCGUUCACAAGCACAGCAGACACAGAAGGACACGUCCCUGUCAUCCUGAGGCCACCUCGAGGCCACCGCCCUGUCCCCGUGUCCCCUCCCCGGAGGCGGCGCCGGGGGCACCUUCGACUUUUAUUUCCUUUUUUUUUUUUUUUUUUUUUUUUUUUUUUUUUUUUUUGG